GUAUGAGAAGGAACUCAUUUUAUUAAGACUUCUUUGAGGGAAAAACAUCUUGGUGAAUCAGGCAAUGGCUCAUGAGUAUGGCUACUGGAACGGAGGCCGCAGUGAUGGAGGCUACACCGACGGAGGCUAUACCACCCACAAUGGACCGCGGGAGGAGGAGUGGAGAAAAGGCGCUGGAAGUGGGCAUGCUGAUCAUGUAUGCCGCCCAGUCAUUGUUGAUGCUAUGGGAAGAAAAAGGCCUAUAGUUUGCUUCAACCCCAUCAGUAACACAGAGACCUAUGUUGCACAAACUGAAACAAUUGUCUUCCGCACUCCAGCUGUCACAGAGUACAGAUUCAGCGCUCCUGGAAGGGUGGGUGAGCACAAAUACAGCUAUCCUGUAAGGGUGGAGGAAUACAAGCUUGGCUCUCCUGGAAGGGUGGAUGAGCAGAAAUACAGCUAUCCUGUAAGGGUGGAGGAAUACAAGCAUGGCUCUCCUGGAAGGGUUGAUGAGCACAAAUACAGCUAUCCUGUAAGGGUGGAGGAGUACAAGUCUAGCUCUCCUGGAAAGGUGGAUGAGCACAAGUACAGCCACCCUGUAAGGGUGGAGGAGUACAAGCAUAGCCCUCCUGCCAACAGAUGGGGUAGGCCUUCGAGCCCAGUUCAUGACCGUCCUCCCGAAGUCGAGCAAUUCAUCACUAAAAUCCAAACUGAAGUUAGCGAAGUACCCACCAGGCCUGGCCCCCUCACUGCCAUGAACUGGCGUCAGCACCAUAAUCCCCCCAAAGCUCCUAAUGGCACCGGCGGCUAUGGCGAGUACAGUAACUACGGCAAAGACGAUUACUGGAACAAGCCAAAUAGUAAUAUUAUAAUUCGAAGUGACCCUUCUGAUGGUGAUGAUGACUAUUACCACAGAAAUGAUGGCACCAAGGAACCAACUAUCACGAACAGCAACGGCUGGGGUGGUCGUCCAAAACAGGCAGAGUGGGCUACACCCCCCGGCAGCAAGCUGACCAGACCAACAAGUGACAUAGGAGCAGCGGUGGAGAUUCUGAAGGAGGCCGCCAUGCCUUCAUCUGGACAGCCUGUUCGGUUCGCAACACCAGCUCCUACCGUGCCUAAAUACGCAGAAACCAUUGACAGCAAGGAAGCCGCAAGGCGAUAUGGCAACUUCAAACCAACUCCUAGGCCAGACUUGACCGGAGGGACAAUCAUUGACAGCAAGACGGCCCAGGAAAAGUAUAAGGGCGCAAAAGUCUGACCACAAGCUUGCAGACAUACAGGAGUCUCCGGGAUAAUUAUAGGUUUUGCUGGGACUUCGUCUAGCUAUACUUUCUACCGGUGUGCCUGUUUUCUCCUUUGUUGUUCAUCUCUGUGGAACUAUAUAUAGAUAAAUAUGGUGUGGUAAUUAAUGGCAUUUUAUGCCCUGAUGUUACUGGUAAAAUAAGCUUUCUUCGUAAGCAUGCAGUUUGCUAUAUAUUAAUUUACUAAGGUGGUGUUUGUUUUUUUACUUAA